CCAGAGCCAGCUGCCAGGAUGGCGCAGUGGAACCAACUGCAGCAGCUGGACACGCGGUAUUUGGAGCAGCUCCACCAGCUCUACAGCGACAGCUUCCCGAUGGAGCUGCGGCAGUUCCUCGCACCUUGGAUAGAGAGCCAGGACUGGGCCUAUGCCGCCAGCAAGGAGUCCCACGCCACCCUGGUAUUCCACAACCUCCUGGGUGAAAUUGACCAGCAGUAUAGCCGCUUCCUACAGGAAUCCAAUGUCCUCUACCAGCACAACCUACGGCGGAUCAAGCAGUUCUUACAGAGCAGGUACCUGGAGAAACCGAUGGAGAUCGCCCGCAUCGUUGCCCGCUGCCUCUGGGAGGAGACCCGGCUCCUGCAGACAGCAGCAACAGCAGCACAGCAAGGGGGACAGGCAAACCAUCCUACUGCUGCCGUGGUAACCGAGAAGCAGCAGAUGCUGGAGCAGCACUUGCAAGAUGUGAGAAAGAGGGUCCAGGACUUAGAGCAAAAGAUGAAAGUGGUGGAAAACCUCCAGGACGACUUUGACUUCAACUACAAGACCCUGAAGAGCCAAGGCGAUAUGCAAGAUCUGAACGGAAACAACCAGUCGGUGACGCGGCAGAAGAUGCAGCAGCUGGAGCAGAUGCUGACGGCACUGGAUCAAAUGCGGAGGGGAAUUGUGAGUGAGCUGGCCGGGCUCCUGUCAGCCAUGGAAUAUGUGCAGAAGACUCUGGUGGACGAGGAGCUGGCGGACUGGAAGAGGAGGCAGCAGAUCGCCUGUAUUGGCGGCCCGCCCAACAUCUGCCUCGAUCGCCUUGAGAACUGGAUAACAUCCCUGGCAGAGUCGCAGCUGCAAACACGACAGCAGAUCAAGAAGCUUGAGGAGCUCCAGCAGAAGGUCUCCUACAAGGGAGACCCCAUUGUUCAGCACCGGCCCUUGCUGGAGGAGCGCAUCGUGGAGUUAUUCAGGAACCUCAUGAAAAGUGCAUUUGUGGUGGAGAGGCAGCCCUGUAUGCCGAUGCACCCCGACCGGCCGCUGGUCAUCAAAACAGGAGUACAGUUCACAACGAAAGUGCGGUUAUUAGUCAAGUUCCCUGAGCUGAACUACCAGCUGAAAAUCAAAGUCUGCAUUGACAAGGAUUCUGGUGAAGUAGCAGCGCUCCGCGGGUCCCGGAAAUUUAACAUCCUGGGCACAAAUACCAAGGUGAUGAACAUGGAGGAGUCCAACAAUGGAAGUCUGUCUGCAGAAUUCAAGCACCUGACGCUGCGGGAGCAGAGAUGUGGUAACGGAGGAAGAGCCAACUGCGAUGCUUCUCUAAUUGUCACGGAAGAGCUCCAUCUCAUCACCUUUGAGACAGAAGUUUACCACCAGGGCCUGAAGAUUGACUUAGAGACCCACUCGCUUCCUGUAGUGGUGAUCUCCAACAUUUGCCAGAUGCCGAACGCCUGGGCGUCGAUCUUGUGGUACAACAUGCUGACAAACAACCCCAAGAAUGUGAACUUCUUCACCAAGCCGCCCAUCGGCACUUGGGACCAGGUGGCCGAGGUGCUCAGCUGGCAGUUCUCCUCCACCACCAAGCGAGGGCUCAGUAUAGAGCAGCUGACGACACUCGCCGAGAAACUGCUUGGGCCGGGUGUCAAUUACUCUGGAUGUCAGAUAACAUGGGCAAAGUUCUGCAAGGAGAACAUGGCAGGCAAAGGCUUCUCUUUCUGGGUCUGGCUGGAUAACAUCAUUGACCUGGUGAAGAAGUACAUCUUGGCCCUCUGGAAUGAAGGAUACAUCAUGGGAUUCAUCAGCAAAGAGCGCGAGAGGGCCAUCUUGAGCACAAAGCCGCCAGGCACCUUCCUGCUGCGUUUCAGCGAAAGCAGCAAGGAAGGUGGAAUCACCUUCACGUGGGUGGAAAAGGACAUCAGUGGGAAGACACAAAUCCAGUCCGUGGAGCCGUACACCAAGCAGCAGCUGAACAGCAUGUCCUUCGCUGAGAUCAUCAUGGGCUACAAGAUCAUGGAUGCCACCAACAUCUUGGUCUCCCCGCUUGUUUAUUUGUAUCCCGAUAUCCCCAAGGAGGAGGCCUUCGGAAAGUACUGCCGCCCUGAGAGCCAGGAGCACCCCGAAGCUACCGACCCAGGUAGCACUGCGCCGUAUCUAAAGACCAAGUUCAUCUGUGUGACUCCGACAACUUGCAGUAGCACCAUUGAGCUGCCCAUGUCUCCCCGAACGCUCGAAUCCCUGAUCCAUUUUGGCAAUAACGGUGAAGCAGCAGAGGGAAAUGCCAGCGGCCAGUUUGAAUCCUUGCAGUUUGACAUGGAGUUGACUCCUGAGUGCGCCUCCUCACCCAUGUGACCAGCCCCGCCUAGUCAGCUGACCGUUUCUGGCUUCCUGGCAUGAAAAUGCUCCUCCUCCCAUGCAGUCACAGAGCCCGACCUCACAGGCACCGACUCGGCAAGAGACACGUGAUCGUGGGUUCUCCUCUGGUCACCUUGAGUGUGCCGUUGUGGGCAGCUCCUAGCCUGACUAGAGGGGAGAGUCCUAUUUUUAGUUUUUGAAAAAUUAUUUUUCCUUUGUAUAAAGCUAUUUGUUUAAGGAGUCUAUGUGUGUAUGUGUUUUGGUAGACCAAGUGCCUCUUUGCAUCCACUCCUCAGCCGUAUUUCUUGGCCUCCUAUACAAAUUUGCUGCAUGCCACAAAAUACUG